CUAAAACGUAAACACCUAAAUUGAAGAAUUAUAUCUGAAAAUGUCAUUCCCCGUGAAAGGUCGUAGCUUACGUGGCAACAACGGAGGAGGAGGAGGGACGGGGACGAAGUGCGGGAGGUGGAAUCCGACGGUGGAGCAGUUGAAGUUAUUGACCGAUCUGUUUCGAGCCGGUCUUAGAACUCCGACCACUGACCAGAUUCAGAAGAUAUCUACGGAGCUCAGUUUCUACGGCAAGAUCGAGAGCAAGAACGUUUUCUAUUGGUUCCAAAACCAUAAGGCUAGAGAGAGGCAAAAACGCCGAAAAAUCUCCACUGAUUUUGAUCAUCAUCAUCAUCAAGAAAAUGAUCAUAUUUCUCAUCACCAUCGUCAACCAUCGAAUAAAGAUGUUUUUGAAAUAAACGAGGAAGAGGAAGAGAGGGUAAUAGAGACAUUACAACUCUUUCCGAUGAACUCGUUCGAAGACUCCAAGGUGGAGAAAAUGAGAAGCAGAGGCAAUAACCAGUUCCGUGAAUACAUUCGAGAGACCAACACGACGACGUUCCCGUCGUACUCUUCAUGUGGAGCUGAGAUGGAACAUCCAUCGCCGUUGGAUCUCCGAUUAAGCUUUCUUUGA